AUGACAGCCAUGCUUUCGGAACGACUCCGUGCAGGGCUUCUUCGGUUUCGCAGCCCAAACCUGGGCGCUGCCCUGCAGUUCAUUCCUGCUAUGGGCAGCCAGCUGCUGGACGAGCUAAUCCAUGCCUACAUUCCCGGGGAUGCUUCCAUCCAGGACAAGCGCUCAUUCGUUUCCAUGGACUUCUUCGAGUACUCUCGCUUGACCGGCGAGACCUUCAGGUACUACCCAGUAGCAGCACGUAACACGGCAACCUCGUCUGCCAGUUCAAGCCCCGCCCAGGAUUCCGGAUACGCAUCCCAGUUUGUGUCUCCUGUGAUUUCGGACGGUAGCUUCUCGACGCCUGCCUCUGUCGACAUCGCGACCCCUGCUUCCUUCUUCCAAGAUACUGCUGCCCAGCAGGCCGCCAAGAAGGCCCCAAAGAAGGCCGUCGCCUCCUCAUCUCGAUCGCCCGCUAAUGACUUCUCACACAUCCCCGGAAUGAAGAUCAUGACCCGUGAUGGUCUGGACAUCACAAACUCGGCCUCUCGCGGCUGCAAGACCAAGGAGCAGCGCGACCACGCACAUUUGAUGAGAAUCAUCAAGGCGUGCGACGCCUGCAAGAAGAAGAAGAUCCGAUGCGACCCUAGCCACAAGAAGCGCACGACGACACAGGCACAGGCUCCGGCACCCUCUCAAUCCCAAUCACGACCGAAGCCUUCCAAGAAGCUCAAGCAAGCCGCAACCGAACCACCACUUGCCGCGCCACAAGAUUUAGGCAUAUUCGAUGCGUCUUCCUUCAGCAUGGAUGACGCUUUUGCCGGCUUUGAGCUUCCCGCGACCACAAUCGAGUUCCAAGAGUCUUGGGAGUCAUUCGUUCACUACGAUGAUGAGCCCAUGUAUGGUGUCCCUGUUGACUACGACUUCUUCUUCGACCCUGCCGGUCACUUCUCGCCCGGUUCGAACAGCUCUGUAUCCUCCUCUCAGCCAGCCGUCACUGCCCAGUCUCAGCCAGUCUCUCGACCACCAACUACGCCACCGUCUCUCCCAUACAUGGGUGCUGGCAGCUCUGGUUCCAACUACGUCGACUUUGAUCUGUUCUCGCCUGCUGCUAGCUUUAUUGACGAUGAGUCUCUGCCUGUCAACGACAUUGCCAACUUCCACGGGGAACGUAGGAGCGACAACAUUCAGAAUGGCCCGAGCGGGCCUACCUUGGUACAACUCUGGUGCGGAGACGUUGGGUGUAGGAAGGCAGACGCAGACACAGAACACACCGCUGGUUUUCAUCUGAUGAGAGCCAAGCGUCCGGUGCACCAUCUACAGCAUCUCCACAAACUCCCCGAUACUCAAGUGGUAUGUCAAUACCUGUCCCAAAUCAUGCCGAUGCCACUAACCAGUUGUCAGGAUGAACCUCUUACAGAUGCGCCAAGGACAGUAUCGUCCGCAACUCGUCAAAACAGCUCGUCCACCGGUCGUGGCAGGCUAGACUUUGUGUCUCGACCUCGGUCCCGCGGUGCGACUGGUGAGGCCAUGUGCGAUAUCGCGGCGGCCAGUUCAGCACCACUAUCAAGCUUACGCCCUUCGGUUGCUGGUACUUCCGAGAUUACUACCGUUUCGGACGCGUCAUCGUCGACAACGGUCGCUGCACGACUAAGGACUGGUGCGUCAAUGCAGAAGUCACAGCUCUCGUCGUCAGCCCGCCUCGCAAUUAUGCCCCGUGCCCUCGAUGUACGCAGCAGCGGCGUGCCUGGGACUUCCGUUGCCGUGUCAUCUGCAGGCGAGACUAUGUCAAGCCUUCUGCCCACACCCCAUGCGAUUAGCAUGGUGGUGGCAUGCGGCGUUCUUGGUUGCGUACCCCUGUCUAGGGCGGUAUGCCUCCUUUCCUUUGUGCUUGGGCUUGUCGCCCUGGGGUCGCUCUACUGCCCCCAGACCGCAUGGUCAGGUACGGAUCAGAGAAUCCACAAAACCACUCCCUUAUCCAGGAGUCAAGACAACAAGCAGAGCUUCCUCUCUCGACGAUGCGAGAGCUGGAGGUUCACAGCACAUAACGAGUGUCGCCAUAUGGACACGUUCUAUCCCACGAUGGGGCGCCUGGCGACUUCUAGGUUGCUGGCGCUCACUCGGUAA